CAAGAUGUUUCAGAGAUGGGACACAGCAUGAUAAAGCUCACGGAGCAUGAAGAGAGUAGACCCAGUAGCAACCAGCGAACAGGUGGGGCCAGGAGCUGUGAAUCGACCCCUGCAACCACAAAUAGCUGAGAACACAUUACUGCCAUCUAGCGAGCGAAAUCGGAGUCAAAAAGAAAUAAUUCAACCCAGCUGCCAGAAACCACCACAAAUUUAUUACCUUUUUGCAAGUUUCUAAUAAUAUAUCAUUAUUGUUGUAGUGGUAAACAAGGUGGUGGAGGCUGCUGUUGCUGCUGGCAUUAUCUUCAACCAUGAGCUUAUAAUAACCUCUGUCUCCUGGCUCACCAACUCUCUUAUUGGACCUUAUAACCGCCUCCUUUAAUACCUGUAAUGACAUGCAACUGAGUCGGUCUGCAGUGUACACCAUGUUGCAGACAUACGCAGAGAAGGAUCGCAUCAUCACUGUCCUCCCGCCACCCUUUAUCAGACAGGCUUCCCCACACAUAAACGACGACUUUGAUGAAGCUGUGAAAAACGCUGCAAAUGGCAAUCGCACUUUACAGGCUGGGCUCAAAAUAUCCAAAAUGAUUGUCCUUGGAGACAUGGCAACAGGAAAGACUUGCUUGGUAAAUAGGUUGUGUCAUCAGGUGUUUGAUGCUAACUACAAAGCGACGAUCGGAGUAGACUUCGAAGUAGAGAGAUUUGAUAUUCUUGGUAUUCCCUAUAAUCUUCAAAUCUGGGACACAGCUGGCCAGGAACGGUUCAAAUGUAUCGCAGCUUCAUAUUACCGUGGUGCAAACGCAGUGAUGAUUGUGUUUGAUGUGACCAACAUAGUAACACUGGCACACACAGCCCAGUGGCUAGAGGAGGCCAAGCAGGCAAACCUGGGCUUGAAUCCUCUCGUCUUCCUCGUGGGAACUAAGCGCGACCUCAUGAGUGAGGGAGCUUACCAGCAGAUAGAGACACAAGCCCGUCGGGUUGCACAAGGUCUGGGAGCUGAGUACUGGGCUGUAUCAUCUAAGACUGGAGAUAAUGUGGAAGCUCUGUUUCUGCGUGUGGCAGCACUCGCCUUCAACCAAGCUGUACUUCAAGAAGUUCAAGGUUGUGAAACCCACAAGCAUACAGCCACUGUCAAAAUAGGUGAGAAAUUGGACAACACGUAUGAAACUCGUAAGAGGUCCAAGUGUGCAGCCUGUCGGAAAGACUCCUGUCCACUGGUUGUCUCUUAUUAUUACUGAACAGCUUCAUUAAGACAAACACUUGUUGGCCAAAUUGUUUGAGUGUUUGUCUGUGAUUCAGACUGAGCAUCUGAUGUGUUGUAGAGUGUUCACCUCACAAUUGAAAGAACCCUAUGUUUGAGUCCUGGAUCAAUCAAGAUGUAUGUGUAAGAUUCUCCAAUCACUUUCUACCUCUGUUCACUUAGUGGUAAGUAGAUGGUUAGAAGUUAGACAGCUGCUGUGAAUAACAUCCUAAGGAAGAGAACUGAAAGACUCCAGUCUUCUCUUUUAUGCUGAGAUAGGACUCAAAAAAGAAACAAGUUAAUAGAAUAUAUUGCAUAAGUAUUUAGACCACUGAAAUUGGUAAAGGUUUAAAUUCACUUCCUAAUAAUGUGCUCUCUGUCAGUCAUGUAUUUCUCUGGUUUAUAACAUACAUAUUAACAUCUACUAUACAUUAAUACACUCUUUAUUCAUUAUAAUUUUCAACAGUAGGUUGUAUAUUAUCUAAGGGAGCUCACCAUUUAAUGUGAAUAUGCAUACAUUAUACGUAUAUAAAUAUACACUUCUCAAAAAAGACUACUGACAUAGUUAAUACUGUAGUACCAUAAUGAUGGUGUGUCAUGUUGCCUUGUUCAGUGUUAGUGUAGGUAGCACUAGAACGCUUGACUAAUGUACAAUACUGUACAUGAUUCAGAAGUGUUAAUCUGUCAGGUGCUGAUGCACUUCGAAUAAGCAGAUUCUCCUUUAGCUGUGAAUAUAGCAGGUAUUAAACACAGGACAUGUUCUGGUCAUGUCUUAUGUGGAAAAGCUUCAUGUGCUCAGAAAAAGUCUACAUUUUAUCUGAACACAAACAAGUCAAAUUUACACACUGUAUAUCUUGCCAGUCCUCAAGCAUGUCGGUUAAACUCUUUACGUAUUUAUUUUGCCAGACAUUUCUUUAUAAUCUAGUCAAACUUUUUACAUAGUCUCUCUUAGUAUUUUAAGGCAGGAAAUAGCUAUUUUUUUAACCUGUUUUUGGAGAUGGCAUCCAUUAACAUGAGCAGUUUCUGUGUGGGACCAAUAAGUGCUAUAUUAACAUUGAUUUCUAAUAAAAACUCACAGAGGAUAAAGAAUCUUUUUUCCAGGCUUAUUAUUUAUUAUGUACUGAUCUGCAUUUCGUGACACAGUACUACCAACAUGUCUGUGUUAGUCUCAAUAUCUUAUGUGAAGUAGCAAGUAAACAAUUUAGUGUAAUAAACAACACUUUUUUUCCCAUAUUGCUGCACUGAAAUAAGGUUGCACCUCAUUAAUAUGAAAUUACCCAUACAGGUUUAGCACUUGUUAUGGAAUAAUAUGUGCAUAAUAAUAACACUAUCAGGGAAUGCGUAGGGUUGCAAACCAGGGCAAGUGAGUCAUAUAACUCCAAGUCAAUGGUUAACGAACUGGCCUGAAGUUUUACGACUCGCUUGCCAUGGGUUUUAACCCCACCUGUUGUGUGGUUUGUUUACAAUAGUGUUAUUACAAUUUUGAGUCAUAAUAGCGCUAUAUUAUAACAAUAAUAAUAGUAAUAAUGAUUUGAUAUAUGUUGUAUAAGAUUUUUUAUUAAUGUGAUAAGUAAUGGCAGCAUUGCAGAGUAUAAUUCCUCGCUGCCAGUGUUUAUUACACACACUGCUGCUGUGUGACUCUGGCGACUCAUGUAGAAUCCACAAGCCCCCAGGGCCCUUAUACACUAAUGUAUUUUUCAUCUUUCAAAACUA